GCAAGGAUCCCAAGGGGGGCCAUGGCCAGUACAGAGUCCUCGCUGUUGAGAUCCCUAGGCCUCAGCCCAGGUCCUGGCAGCAGUGAGGUGGAGCUGGACUGUUGGUUCGAUGAGGAUUUCAAGUUCAUCCUGCUGCCUGUGAGCUAUGCAGUUGUGUUUGUGCUGGGCUUGGGCCUUAACGCCCCAACCCUAUGGCUCUUCAUCUUCCGCCUCCGACCCUGGGAUGCAACGACCACCUACAUGUUCCACCUGGCAUUGUCAGACACUUUGUAUGUGCUGUCGCUGCCCACCCUCAUCUACUAUUAUGCAGCCCACAACCACUGGCCCUUUGGCACUGAGAUCUGCAAGUUCGUCCGCUUUCUUUUCUAUUGGAACCUCUACUGCAGCGUCCUUUUCCUCACCUGCAUCAGCGUGCACCGCUACCUGGGCAUCUGCCACCCACUUCGGGCACUACGCUGGGGACGCCCUCGCCUCACAGGCCUUCUCUGCCUGGCAGUUUGGUUGGUCGUAGCCGGCUGCCUCGUGCCCAACCUGUUCUUCGUCACAACCAGCACCAAAGGGACCAGCGUCCUGUGCCAUGACACCACUCGGCCUGAAGAGUUUGACCACUAUGUGCACUUCAGCUCAGCGGUCAUGGGGCUGUUCUUUGGCAUGCCCUGCCUGGUCACUCUUGUUUGCUAUGGACUCAUGGCCCGUCGCCUAUAUCAGCCCUUGCCAGGCGCUGCACAGUCGUCUUCUCGCCUCCGCUCCCUCCGCACCAUAGCUGUGGUGCUGACCGUCUUCGCUGUCUGCUUCGUGCCUUUCCACAUCACCCGCACCAUUUACUACCUGGCCAGGCUGUUGGAAGCUGACUGCCGAGUGCUGAACAUUGUCAACCUGGUCUAUAAAGUGACUCGGCCCCUGGCCAGUGCCAACAGCUGCCUGGAUCCUGUGCUCUACAUGCUCACUGGGGACAAAUAUCGACGUCAGCUCCGUCAGCUCUGUGGUGGUGGCAAGCCCCAGCCCCGCACGGCUGCCUCUUCCCUGGCACUAGUGUCCCUGCCUGAGGAUAGCAGCUGCAGGACAAAUUCCCAGGAGUGGGAUUACCAGACCAAAGAGCAUGAAUGUUUUUAUGGAUCGUGAUUGCCAAAAGGACUGCAAAAAUUUUCA